UCUGACAGUGAGAGACUAGAACCACUAAAACCAUCAGAGCAGAAACACCAGACUGAACUCCAAAUCUUUCUCUGGGUUUCUAUCAGGGAAUCGAGCAGUAAGAAGUCAGAUCUGGAGGAAACGUGAGGAGCAACUUCAUCAACAUGACUCAGAAAAAGAUCGCCCCAGCCGUCAGCACUGUGUCUGGCAAUCUGCCGCCCAGUUAUGAAGAGGCGAACGCAGGAUGCCCCAGCUACUGUUACGCAGACGGUUCAUUUUCCUGGGAAGACAAACACAUCCGGCGCAUUUUUAUCAGAAAGGUUUAUUCCAUCCUGAUGCUGCAGCUGCUCGCCACACUCGCCAUCGUCUGUGCUUUUACAUUCUCGGCAUCAGUAAAGUUCUAUAUCCAAACUCAUCCUGGACACUAUUCACUAUCCAAUUUUCUGUUUCUUGGGACAUUUCUGGCUCUGUCCUGCUGUGGAGAUUUAAGAAGGCAGUUUCCCUGGAAUCUGAUUCUGCUGACAGUUUUUACGUUGAGUAUGGCCUGCAUGCUCGGCUUCAUUUCCAGUUUCUAUAACUCUCGCUCGGUGGUGCUGUGUUUGGGAAUCACGGCUGUAGUUUGUUUUUCCGUUACGAUCUUCAGCUUCCAGAGUCGGGUGGACGUGACGUCGUAUCAGGGCGUUCUCUUCUCGCUCUGCGUUGUGAUGCUGUGCUGCUCGCUGGUGAUGGGAUUUGUAGUCCCGUUCGGAUACGUGCCCUGGAUACAUGCGAUCUACGGGAUUGGAGGAGCAAUCCUCUUUACUAUGUUCCUGGCCUUCGAUACUCAGCUGCUGAUGGGGAACAAGAUGUACGCUAUCAGCCCUGAGGAAUAUAUCUUCGCUACUCUGAGUUUAUACCUGGACAUCGUCAACCUCUUCACCUUCCUGCUGCAGCUGUUUGGGGGUGGAAGAGAAUAAAUAAGCCAAUAUUAACGUUCCUCCAUCUGCAUCCAUAAUGUAGGAAGAUCUGCAGAUCUUCAGGAAGUCGGGAUAUUAGGAUAGAAGCCUUUCAGUGAUUCAGAAGACACAAAAAACCUCAGAUCCACCAUCGUUCCCCAGUGGACUGUUGCAGACGGUUCUUCCCCUCCUACUGGACUUUAUCUGAAUGUCUCAGUAUUUUCAUGUGAAACUGUGGGAUCUGAACCUUCGGUAAAGAUGAUCCAAUCCCUCACUUAAUCCACAGAGGCGUUUGAGGACUGAUUAGUGAUGACGUGCUAGUUAGGAUCUUUAGAAGCUCAGUUAUAUGUUGGACAGCAGUCUGAAGCUUCUGUUAGACCCAGUGAUAAAAACUACAUCGGUACCACUUUAAAACAAGACUACCUUUAUAAAGGCUUUAUAAAUGGUUUACAAUUAGUUUAUUAAUGGUUACUAACUAGGUUGUAAAUGCCUUAAAAAUAAUUAAUAAUCUGUCAUAACACAUACGUAGAAAGAGCAACAAUGACCUGUUGUUUGCCAAAUAGUUAACCCAUAGCCCUCUAUAUUGUUGCCCUUUCUACGUAUGAUAACUGAUUAUUAAUGAUUUUUAAGGCAUUUACAACCUAAUUAGUAACCAUUAAUAAACUAAUUGUAAACCAUUUAUAAACCCUUUAUAAAGGUAGUCUUAUUUUAAGGUGUUACCACUAAAUCUAAGAUUUCAGAUCAUUAGUGUAUGACGUGUAUCUCCACUCCACCAGAAAGCCUUGAUUAUCAGUAGUGAUGGGUCUCAGUACAGUACAAUAUGCAGGAGCAUAUUCCCGCCAUCUUUAGAUUUUUGAUUUUAGAUUUAACUGACUGAAUAAUAAUGUCUAUAUUUUAUAUUUUUGUAUAUUUAGAGGCUAUGAGAUGUAAUGUGUAU